AUGCCUGGUGGAACUGCUUCCCCCUCGGGCAGCGUCGACGCCCUGCGCGUCGAGGCCCCGGUCACCCUGAAGACGUACCUGAUGUGCGCCUUCGCUGCCUUCGGUGGUAUUUUCUUUGGAUAUGAUUCUGGAUAUAUCAGCGGUGUCCUGGGCAUGGACUACUUCAUCACUACCUUUGAGAACCUCGACCAAGCAACCACUCCCACGGAUCUGUUCGUCGUCCCGUCCUGGAAGAAGUCGCUGAUCGUCUCUAUUCUCUCUGCUGGAACUUUCUUCGGUGCCCUGAUUGCUGGUGAUCUGGCCGAUUGGUUUGGUCGUCGGACCACCGUUGUUGCUGGUUGCCUUAUCUUCAUCAUUGGUGUUGUUCUCCAAACUGCCUCCUCCAGCCUGGGCUUGCUGGUGGCUGGUCGUUUGAUUGCUGGAUUCGGUGUUGGCUUCGUCUCGGCCAUCAUCAUUCUUUACAUGUCCGAGAUUGCUCCCCGCAAGGUGCGUGGUGCCAUUGUCUCGGGCUACCAGUUCUGCAUCACUAUUGGCCUGAUGCUGGCUUCCUGCGUCGACUAUGCUACUGAGCACCGCAGCGACUCCGGAUCUUACCGUAUCCCCAUUGCCCUGCAGAUGCUGUGGGCUCUGAUCCUGGGUACUGGUCUGCUUCUGCUGCCCGAGUCUCCUCGUUACUUCAUCCGCAAGGGUGACAAGGCCGCCGCUCGCGCUUCCCUUGCCCGCAUCCGUGGUCAGCCCGAGGAUUCUGAGUACAUCGAGCUGGAGCUCAACGAGAUCGACGCCAACUUCCAGUAUGAGACCCAGGUCAUCCCCCAGGGUGGCUACUUCCAGUCAUGGUUGAACUGCUUCAGCGGCAACAUCUUCCACCCCAACAGCAACAUUCGCCGUACUGUCCUCGGUACCUCCCUCCAGAUGAUGCAGCAGUGGACUGGUGUCAACUUCGUCUUCUACUUCGGUACCACUUUCUUCAAGCAGCUGGGCACCAUUCAGAACCCCUUCCUGCUGAGCAUGAUCACCACCAUCGUCAACGUGCUGUCCACUCCCCUGUCCUUCGUCGCCAUCGAGAAGAUCGGUCGUCGUCCCCUUCUCCUGUGGGGUGCCCUGGGCAUGGUUAUCUGCCAGUUCAUCGUUGCUAUCAUUGGCGUUACUGACGGCGAUAACCCCCACGCUGUGUCGGCCAUGAUUGCUUUCAUCUGCAUCUACAUCUUCUUCUUCGCCAGCACCUGGGGCCCCGGUGCCUGGGUCGUGAUCGGCGAGAUCUUCCCUCUGCCCAUCCGUUCUCGUGGUGUUGCCCUCUCCACUGCCUCCAACUGGCUCUGGAACUGCAUCAUUGCCGUCAUCACCCCCUACAUGGUCGACGCCGACCAGGGCAACCUCGGUGCCAAGGUGUUCUUCAUCUGGGGCUCUCUCUGCACCUGCGCCUUCGUCUACACUUACUUCCUCAUCCCUGAGACCAAGGGCCUCACCCUGGAGCAGGUCGACAAGAUGAUGGAGGAGACCACCCCCGAGAUGGGUGUCACCUACGACGAGAAGAAGGUCGAGACUGCUGUCGUCUCUCAGGUCGAGGUCUAG